AUGAUAAUUAGUAAAACACUUAAUAAAACACAAGAAGAAAUAAUUAAAAGUAUUUCAAUUAAAGGAGAAACACAAAUAUCAACACGACUUGAUCCCGAUGAAAUAAAAGAAGAAAAUAAAAUAGGAGAAGGAACAUUUGGAAUUGUAUAUAUAGGAGAAUUUCGAGGAAAUCAAGUAGCAAUUAAGAAAAUGAAACAAAUUGAUAAAGAUGAAGAUAAAAUGAAAGAAUUUGAGAAAGAAGUAAUGAUGUUAGAUAAAUUUCGAAGUGAAUACAUUAUUCAAUUUUAUGGAGCAGUAUUUAUUCCUAAUAAAAUAUGUAUGAUAACAGAAUAUGCAAAAUAUGGAUCAAUACAUGAUUUAAUUAAUAAAAGAACAAACACGGAAAUACCAAAUAAAAUAAGAAUUAAAUUCAUGAUAGAUGGAGCAAAAGGAAUUUCAUAUCUUCAUUCAAAUGGAAUACUACAUCGAGAUAUUAAACCAGAUAACUUUCUUGUUAUAACACUUGAUGAUAAUAUUGGAGUUAAUUGUAAAUUAACAGAUUUUGGAAGUUCAAGAAACAUUAAUAUGAUGAUGACAAAUAUGACAUUCACAAAAAGGAUAGGAACACCAAAAUACAUGGCACCAGAAAUAUUAAAUCGAGAACAUUAUAAAAUGGAAUCAGAUAUAUAUUCAUAUUCAAUAACAAUGUUACAAAUCAUUACAUUUCAAGAUCAUUUCCUAAAGAAAUAUACAAUUUUCCAUGGGAUAUUGCAGAUUCAAUCACAACAGGUAAACGACCACCAAUAA